GGGCUGUUCCCUGGGAGGCGAGGCUCUGCAGCUCCCAGCCUCCCCCUCUGCAGGCGUUGUGUUUUGUUUUGCUUGGGUGCGCCCGCCGCCAAGUCUGGGAGGGUUUCCUGGACGGAGGUCCUCGCGGCAGCUGCUGAAGCCGUGCAGCCUGGUCACAGCGCCACUGCUCUCCGACCCGGGCGCACUGCAGGCGGCAGCAGCAUGGAGCUUUGGGGGGCCUACCUGCUCCUCUGCCUCUUCUCCCUCCUGACCCAGGUCACGGCCGAGCCACCGUCCCCCAAGGUCAAGAAGGCUGCAAAUGCCAAGAAAGACGUUGUGAGCCCGAAGAUGCUUGAGGAGCUCAAGAGCCAGCUGGAGAUCCUGGCGCAGGAGGUGGCCCUGCUGAAGGAGCAACAGGCCCUGCAGACGGUCUGCCUGAAGGGCACCAAGGUGCACAUGAAGUGCUUUCUGGCCUUCGCCCAGGCCAAGACCUUCCACGAGGCGAGCGAGGACUGCAUCUCGCGCGGGGGCACGCUGGGCACCCCGCAGACGGGCUCCGAGAACGACGCGAUGUUCGAGUACCUGCGGCAGAGCGUGGGCAGCGAGGCCGAGAUCUGGCUGGGCCUCAACGACAUGGCCGCGGAGGGCGACUGGGUGGACAUGACCGGCGGCCACAUCGCCUACAAGAACUGGGAGACGGAGAUCACGGCGCAGCCUGACGGUGGCAAGGCCGAGAACUGCGCCGCCCUGGCCGGCGCGGCCAACGGCAAGUGGUUCGACAAGCGAUGCCGCGACAAGCUGCCCUACAUCUGCCAGUUCGCCAUCGUGUAGCCUGGGGUCCCCCGAGGAGGAGGGGGGCAGGGUCGUGGGGGCCACCGGGGGCUGUGGGGGCCUUCCAGCCUCGGACCCCUGCUCGCAGAUGCCCUGCAGUGCUUGGAGCCCCCUUUUGCAAAUAAAGUCGGUGCAGCUUUUGGAGA